AUGGAUAGAACUUCAGAGUUACCAACUAAAAUCCUUCACCAAAUACUCUCUCGUCUCCCCACAAAAACUGCGGCUCGAACCAGCGUGUUGUCAAAGCCAUGGCUUAAAGCAUGCUCUACGAACCCUAAUCUCAGUUUUGAUGAAUUUGACUUUAACCCCCAUCUCAAUUCUAAUAAAUUUUACCUUGCGAGACAGCCUGGUAAGUCUGUAGACUUUCAUGGUAAAUUUUUGAGGAUUGUAGACGAUAUAUUGGAAAGAUAUCUCCGUGAAAAACUACCUAUUUCAUCUAUUAAGCUUUGCAUCUCUUUCUUUGAUGAAACUGAUUGUAACGGUCUAGUGGAUAAAUGGUUAGAUAUCAUAGCAAAGAAGAACGUUUCACAAUUCGCACUUUUGGUGAAAAGCCGUUCAGGAAAAUUUUCACUGUCAGCUGAUAUCAUUUUCUCAAUGGAGUUAUUGGAGCAGUUGGAGUUAAAUUCGUGCAAGAUAUUACUGAAGCAAAAAGCACUACUUUUUGAUGAUAGAAUUAAGUGUCGUACAUUCCGAGAUGAGAGCUCAUCAAUAGGAGAGAUAGAUGUAGUUUGA